AUGUCUGGAGAAGAGGAUGAGAAUGCUGCCGAACUGAAAAUUGGAGAUGAAUUUUUGAAGGCAAAGUGCUUAAUGAAUUGCGAAGUUUCUCUAAUUCUUGAUCGGAGAUAUGAGCAGCUUCAGCAGAUGUCUGAUGAUCCUACCAAUCAAGUUUCUCAAGUUUUUGAAAAGUCACUGCAGUAUGUGAAACGAUUUAGCCGCUAUAAAAAUCCUGAUGCAGUUCGGCAGGUCCGAGAAAUUCUUAGCAGACACAAGUUAGCUGAGUUUGAGCUUUGUGUACUUGGUAAUCUUUGCCCUGAAACUGUAGAGGAAGCUUUAGCUAUGGUUCCAUCUAUUAAGACUAGAGGACGAACACAUGAAGAUGAAGAAAUCGAUAAAAUGUUGAAUGACCUCUCUUUGAUUAAGAAAUUUGAGUAG